CUACCCUCGGUUCACCCACUCCCAGAGCUCGCCCUUGGAUCCACCAUGUUCAAGCCUGCCACUGCUGUUGUGCUCCUCCUGUCCGCCGCGUCCGCCGUCCUCGGCGCGUCGUUCAGCGACCGCGCCGUCAGCGACGUUCGGGUGUGCGGUUCAAGCAUCUCGGAGGAGAAGAAGGCCGCGGCUGAGGCGCACUUCCACGCGAACUUCGUCCCGCCGCCCCCCACCGCGCUCGUCGCCGCCGCGACCCCCACGGUGUCCGUCUACUUCCAUGUCAUCAGCAAGGACUCCACCACCGCCGGUGGUAACAUCCCCGACUCGCAGAUCGCGUCGCAGAUCUCCGCGCUGAACACGCACUACGCGUCCUCGGGGCUCGCGUUCGCGCUCGCGAACACGUCGCGCACGGUGAACUCGCAGUGGUUCGCGCAGGUCGGCCCGGACUCGUCGCUGCAGACGACGAUGAAGAAGAGCCUGCGCAAGGGCGGCGCGGCCGCGCUGAACGUGUACACCGUCGGCUUCACGUCCGGCUCUGGGCAGGGCCUGCUCGGGUACUCGACGUUCCCGUCCGACUACGCGAGCGACCCGACGGACGACGGUGUUGUUAUUCUGUUCUCGUCCCUCCCGGGCGGCAGCACGGCGAACUACAACGAGGGCAAGACUCUGACGCACGAGGCGGGCCACUGGGUCGGCCUCUACCACACCUUCCAGGGUGGCUGCAGCGGCUCCGGCGACCUGGUGUCGGACACCCCCCCUGAGGCUUCCUCGGCGAGCGGCUGCCCUACCGGCCGUGACACCUGCUCCGGCGGCGGCGUCGACCCCAUCCACAACUACAUGGACUACUCGUACGAUAGCUGCAUGACUGGCUUCACCGCUGGCCAGGGCACGCGUCUCGCUUCCCAGCUCCGCACCUACCGCGGCAUCACCAUCUAAGGUGGGGAGGUGAACAGCGAACGAGAGAGGGAAAAACAGGGCGAGGAAGC